AGAAGAGUUUCGCAUUGCUGGAGCAGAUUCAGUUGGGCCUAAACGAUUACUUGGACAAAAAAAGACUCUACUUCCCCAGGUUCUUCUUCCUUUCCAACGACGAGCUACUGGAGAUCCUAUCCGAGACGAAGGAUCCUACACGCGUGCAGCCACAUCUGAAGAAAUGCUUUGAAGGAAUAGCGCGCUUGAGGUUCAACGAGGAUCUCGAAGUGCUGUCGAUGCAGUCGACGGAAGGCGAGAUGGUCGAUCUCAUGGAGAUCAUAUCGACCUCCGCCGCUAGGGGACAAGUAGAGAAGUGGCUGGUCGAGCUCGAGACGGAGAUGCGGAAGAGUGUGCGACACGCCGUGAACCAAGCAAUGCUGGCAUAUCGCACGAAGGAAAGGACCGUCUGGGUGCUGGAAUGGCCCGGUCAGAGUGUCCUAUGCGUAGGUCAGAUGUACUGGACGCAACAGGUCGAGGAAGCCAUGCCUAAGGGGGUGGAAGGCUUGAAGAGAUAUUUGGAUCGGUCCCAGCAGGAGCUGAAUAACAUUAUCCUGCUGAUUCGGGGGAUCCUCUCGAAGCAGAACCGUACCACUCUGGAGGCUUUGGUCACGUUGGAUGUACACAGCAAGGAUGUCCUUGAAGAAUUAUGCAGAGACGAAGUGAUGAAAAAUACCGAUUUCCAGUGGUUGUGUCAACUGAGAUACUAUUGGCUGGAGGACAACAUGCGAGCGUACAUGAUUAACUCCUACCAACGCUACGGCUACGAGUACCUCGGCAACACGACUCGACUCGUCGUCACCCCGCUGACCGACCGAUGCUAUCGCACCCUCUUCGGCGCGCUCAGCCUUCACUUGGGUGGCGCGCCCGAGGGACCAGCCGGUACUGGCAAAACGGAGACGACGAAGGACUUGGCGAAGGCGGUGGCCAAGCAGUGUGUCGUCUUCAACUGUUCCGAGGGCCUCGACUACCUCGCGCUCGGCAAGUUCUUCAAAGGACUCGCCUCCUGCGGCGCCUGGUCCUGCUUCGACGAGUUCAAUCGCAUCGACCUGGAGGUCCUGUCAGUCGUGGCUCAGCAGAUCCUCACGAUCCAACGCGGCAUCAACGCCGGCCUCGAGAAGAUAGUGUUCGAGGGCACCGAUAUCUUCCUGGAUCCCAGUUGCGCGUUUUUCGUUACUAUGAACCCGGGAUACGCCGGUAGAUCGGAACUGCCGGACAAUCUUAAGGCCCUCUUCCGCCCGGUCGCCAUGAUGGUGCCCGAUUACGCACUCAUCGCGGAGAACACUCUGUACUCAUACGGGUUCUACAACGGCCGACCGUUGGCCGUAAAGAUCGUCACCGCUUAUAAACUCUGCUCGGAACAACUCAGCAGUCAGCAUCACUACGAUUACGGCAUGAGAGCGGUCAAAUCUGUCUUGAUUGCAGCUGGUAAUCUAAAGCUGCGCUAUCCCGAAGAAUCCGAAGAUAUUCUCAUGCUGAGGAGUAUCUUGGACGUCAAUUUGCCCAAAUUUUUGAUCCAUGAUCUACCGUUGUUCGAAGGUAUAGCCUCGGACCUGUUUCCCGGUGUGGUUCUGCCGACGCCGGACUACACGCACAUCAACGCCUGCACGCGAGACGCCUGUGCUGCGGCGAACCUGCAGUGCACGGACCUCUUCCUGGAGAAGAUCCAGCAGAUCUACGAGAUGAUGAUCGUGCGACACGGCUUUAUGCUCGUCGGACUGCCGUUCAGCGGUAAGACUUCGGCGUACAGAAUGCUAGCGGAAUGUCUGGGCCUGUUGGAGAGCAGGAACCUGAUGAACGAGCACCGUGUGGAGAUCACCGUGAUCAAUCCCAAGGCCGUUACCAUGGGCCAGUUAUACGGCCAAUUCGAUCCCGCCUCGCACGAGUGGAGUGAUGGGAUCCUGGCGGUGGCUUAUCGCGCCUUUGCGAGCUCCACUAAUCUGAACAGAAAGUGGCUCAUCUUCGACGGGCCUGUAGAUGCUAUUUGGAUCGAGAAUAUGAAUACGGUAUUAGACGACAAUAAGAAGCUUUGCCUGACCUCCGGAGAGAUCAUCCAGCUCGCCCCCACGACGAACCUGAUCUUCGAGCCUAUGGAUUUGGAGGUUGCAUCGCCCGCUACGGUGUCGCGAUGCGGCAUGAUUUACAUGGAGCCGGCGAGUCUUGGCUGGACACCACUUUUGUACUCAUGGCUGAACACGUUGCCGGCUGCUCUGAACGAGAAUAUCAAGAGAGACUUGAAGGAGAUGUACCUGCGAUUUUGCCCGGCUCUGUUGCACCUAAUACGCCGUUGCGGCGCGAAGGAAAUUAUAACGAUGCCGGAUGCCAAUCUGACGCGCUCGGUAAUGUACCUGUACGACUGCUUCCUGGACGACUAUCACGACGAGAAGUACGUGAGCGCGCUCUCGGAUUUGAAUAUGAGAGCUCAAGUGGAAGGCUGCUUCUUCUUCUCCUGCAUUUGGGCCAUGGGCGGCACGUUAAUGACCAAUUAUCGUGAAUGGUUCAAUGUGCUAUUUAGAGCACUGUUAGACAAUCAAUUCCCGGAGGCUGUGCGAAGACGCUUCGACAUUCCGUCAGAAAUCCGUGACCCAAAGCAGCCGUACCUGAUCCCCUUACCGCUCGCUGGUUCGGUCUUCGACUAUAAAUUCAUCAAGGAGGGUAAAGGCAAGUGGAAGCCAUGGCUGGACGACCUCAAGGACGUCCCGCCGAUUCCCACAGACAUACCGGUCAAUCAGAUCAUCGUCCCUACGGUGGAGACCGUUCGAUAUUUUCAUCUUUUUCACUACCUCGUCACGCACAACAAGCCGGUUCUUCUGGUCGGACCGACUGGCACCGGGAAGUCCGUCUAUAUCAUGGAGUUCUUGUUGAAGAGAACUGACCCCGAGAUCUACAAGCCGCUCUUCGUGAUAUUUUCGGCGCAGACCACGGCCAAUCAGACGCAGGAUAUUAUUAUGAGCAAGCUGGAUCGAAGGAGAAAAGGUCUGUAUGGUGCACCGCCCGGCAAGCACUGGGUGAUCUUCGUGGACGACCUGUCCAUGCCGCAGAAGGAGGAGUACGGCGCGCAGCCACCGAUCGAGCUCCUGCGGCAAUGGCUGGACCAUCACACCUGGUACGACCGCAAGGAGAUAAUGCCGCUCAAGUUGAUGGAUAUGCAGCUAAUAUGCGCGAUGGGGCCGCCCGCGAGCGGACUGGACGUCACGCCACGUUUCAAACGGCACUUCUUCACCCUCGGCAUCUCCGAGUUCGAGGACGACGUGCUGAUCACGAUUUUCGGCAGGAUCGCUGCCUGGCACUUUAUCACCCGCGACUUCCCGCACUUCUUUGAGCCGUGCGUGGAGCACGUGGUCCACGGCACUCUCGACAUCUACAAGGAGAUCAGGAAACACCUGCUGCCGACUCCCGCCAAGUCGCACUACCUGUUCAAUCUGCGGGACUUCUCACGGGUCAUGCAAGGCGUGCUGCUCUCCACCCCCGAGGGUAUCGCCGAUCCGAGCGACAUGAGACGUUUGUGGGUCCACGAGGUCCUCCGCGUUUACGGUGACCGGCUGGUUGACGAGACCGACAAUAAGUGGCUGGUGAGUCAGCUUCGAAGGACUAUAAAGGAACACAUGCAGGACGACAUGGACGAGCUAUUUGCGGACUUGUUGGACGAGUCUAGCACGCGACUGACCGAGGUGCAUCUGCGAAACCUCAUCUACUGUGACUUUCAUGACCCGACAGCGGAUCAGAAGGUGUACAUCGAGAUUCACGAUUGGGACGCGCUCGCUUCGGCAGUGGAGGAGUAUCUCGCGGAAUACAAUUCGAUCUCGAAAACACCUAUGGAUCUCGUCCUCUUCAGGCAAGUUCUCAGUCAAUAUUAUCGAAUAAAUGACCGUGAUACAAUAUUAAUUAGAUUCGCGAUAGAGCAUCUCUCGAGAAUCUACCGAGUGAUGAUGCAACCGCGAAGCCACGUUCUUCUGGUCGGCAUGGGUGGUUCCGGUCGACAGUCUCUAACGAAACUGGCGGCUCACAUAUCAGACUAUGAGCUCUUCCAGAUUCAAAUGACCCAGCAAUACGGCCUUCACGAGUGGCGCGACGACCUAAGGAUCAUUCUACGGAAGAGCGCAGCGAGCGAUUUACACACCGUCUUUCUCUUUAUGGACACGCAGAUUAAAGAAGAGAUCUUCUUGGAGGAUGUUAGCAAUUUACUCAAUUCCGGCGAGGUGCCGAAUCUCUUCACGACCGACGAGAAGGCCGAAAUUUGCGAGCAAAUGCGAAUCAUCGAUCGGCAGAGAGACAAAUCCAUACAAACGGACGGCAGUCCGGUGGCGCUCUUCAACUUCUUCGUGCAGACAGUGCGCGAGCACCUGCACAUAGUGCUGACGAUGUCGCCGAUCGGCGACAACUUCCGCACGCGGGUCCGCAAGUUCCCCGCGCUGGUGAACUGCUGCACCAUCGAUUGGCUGCAGCCAUGGCCGGAGGACGCGCUGCUCGCGGUGGCGACCAAGUUCCUGGGCGAGAUCGAAAUGCCGACGGAGGAGCGUCAGGCUUGCAUCGAGAUGUGCCAAUACUUCCACACGUCCACGCAUGAUCUCACGAAGUACUUCUGCAGGAUGUUGAAUCGUUACAAUUACGUCACGCCGACGUCGUACCUCGAGCUGAUCAACACCUUCAAGUUUCUGCUGAACCGAAAGCGAAAGGAGGUCUUGGACGGCAAGAAGCGCUACGAGGGCGGACUCGACAGACUGGACAGCACGCACAAACAAGUCGGCAGGAUGCAGGAGAUCCUGGUGGCCUUGCAGCCAAAGCUGUUGGUGGCCGCAAAGGACGUGGAGGGUAUGUUCUUGGACGUGCAGCGCGAGAGCGAGGAAGCCAGCGCGAUGGAACAGGUCGUUAAGAAGGAUGAAGAGGCCGCUUUGGUAGUCGCCGCGGAAGCCGAUGAAAUCCGCGCCGAGUGCGACGCGGAUCUGCAGGAAGUGAUGCCGAUACUGAACGCGGCGAAUGAUGCUUUGAACACUUUGACGCCGCAGGACAUUCAGAUCGUGAAGUCCAUGAAGCGCCCUCCGGCCGGCGUGCGAUUGGUCAUGGAGGCGAUUUGCAUAUUGAAAGACGUGAAACCGGAGAAGGUUCAGACUCCUGAAGGCGCAAUGGAUGACUAUUGGAAGCCCUCGCUUCGCAUGCUGGGGGACAUACGAUUUUUAGAGUCUCUACUCACUUACGACAAGGACAACGUCCCGGAGAGGAUCAUGACGAAGAUCCGCACGACGAUCUUGACGAACCCGAACUUCGACCCAGAACGCAUCAGGACCGUGUCGACCGCCUGCGAAGGCCUGUGCCGUUGGGUGUUUGCGUUGUCGGAAUACGACAAAGUCGCCAAGGUGGUAGCGCCGAAGAGACAAGCUCUGGCUGAAGCCGAGGCUGAUUACGCUUCCGCGAUGGAGCAGCUGAACCUCAAGAGGAGCCAGCUGCAGGAAGUGCAGGAUAGACUGGCCAAUCUCGAGACUCUGUUAGCCCAACGAAAGGCGGACUACCAGGCGAUGACUGACGAGGUGAAGGAGUGCGAGGAGAAGCUGAGGAGAGCCAAAGAACUGAUCGGUGGACUCGGUGGCGAGUACACCAGAUGGUCGGACAAUGCCAAAUCGCUUGGCAAGAGAUACUUCAAGCUGACAGGCGACAUUCUCAUCAGCGCGGGGGUGGUCGCUUACUUGGGCGUGUUCACGACGCAGUUUCGACAGCAGCAAUUGGAGAACUGGGUGGGGUUCUGCACUAGCUUGAAUGUCGUUUGCACACAAGACUACCAGCUGACUCAGGUGCUGGGCGACCCGGUGCUCAUUAGGUCUUGGAACAUAUUCGGCCUGCCGAGCGACCUCUUCUCCAUCGACAACGCCAUAAUCGUCACGAAUUCGCGCCGAUGGCCGCUGAUGAUCGACCCGCAGGGCCAGGCGAACAAGUGGGUGAAGAACAUGGAAAAGGCGUCGAACCUGAACGUCAUCAAGCUGACCCAGCCAGACUACGUGAGGGUCUUAGAGAACGCCGUGCAGUUCGGGCAGCCGGUGUUGCUCGAGAACAUCGGCGAGGAGUUGGACGCGGCCUUGGAGCCAUUGCUGAUGAAGCAGACCUUCCGAUCUGGCGGCACGCUCUGCAUCAAGAUCGGCGACAGCAUCAUUGAGUACUCCGACAAGUUUCGAUUUUACAUCACCACGAAACUGCGAAAUCCGCAUUAUCUGCCGGAAGUGGUGGUGAAGGUGACGUUGCUGAACUUCAUGAUCACUCCGGUCGGUCUAGACGAUCAGCUCUUGGGUAUAGUCGUCGCGAAGGAAAGGCCUGAUCUCGAAGCCGAGAAGAAUCAGCUGAUAGUCCAGGGAGCGGCCAAUAAAAAAAUGUUACAGGAAAUAGAGAACAAGAUCUUGGAGGUGCUGUCGAGCUCCGAGGAGAAUAUACUCGAGGACGAGACAGCUAUCGGCGUGUUAAGCUCUUCCAAGACUCUGUCGGACGAGAUUCAGGCUAAGCAAACCGCCGCCGAGGUCACCGAGAAGUCUAUCGACACGGCGAGGUUGCAGUACACGCCGAUCGCGGUCUACAGCACGGUUCUCUUCUUCACAAUCGCUAUGUUGGCGAACAUCGACCCGAUGUACCAGUAUUCCCUCUCCUGGUUCGUCAAUCUCUUCAAGAACACGAUCGAGAAUACGCCGCGCGCGGAGAGCAUGGAGCAACGUUUGGAGGACCUCACCAAGUACUUCACCUAUUCCCUAUACGUGAACAUAUGCCGCUCGCUCUUCGAGAAGGACAAGCUCCUUUUCUCGGUCCUGUUGUCGGUGAACUUGCUGAACAAGCAGGGCGAGUUCUCGAUGGCUCAGUGGAUAUUUCUACUGACCGGCGGCGUCGGCCUCGAGAAUCCCUUCGCCAAUCCCACCGAUUGGCUGCCGUCACGGUCCUGGGACGAGCUGUGCCGGCUGGACGGCGUGCCGGGAUUUACGGGAGUGAAAGACAGCUACACGAAAAACGUCGGCGAGUGGAAGAAGGUAUUCGAUCACAAGGAGCCUCAUACCCUGCUUUUUCCCGCGCCUUGGAACAAACUCAACAACUUCGAGAGGAUGCUGGUGCUUCGUUGCAUUCGUCCCGACAAAGUCAUGCCGGCGGCGCAAUUAUUCGUCGAAGAGCAAUUAGGCCAUCAAUUCAUCGAGUCGCCACCCUUCGACCUGGCGGCCUCCUUCGCGGACUCCAACUCCUGCGUGCCGCUCAUAUUCGUCCUGACACCCGGCGCGGAUCCUAUGGCGAUCCUGCUGAAAUUCGCCGACGACCAGGGCUUCGGCACCAGCAGGCUGUUCUCGUUAUCCUUGGGUCAGGGGCAAGGGAUCAUCGCCGCCGGUCUCAUCGACGAGGGCGUGAAGAACGGCACCUGGGUGGUGCUGCAGAACUGUCACGUCGCUAAGAGCUUUAUGCCUGUCCUGGAAAAGAUCUGCGAAAGUUUCACGCCGGACACGGUGCAUCCCGACUUUCGGCUUUGGCUGACGAGCUACCCGUUCGGGUAUUUCCCCGUCAGCGUUCUCCAGAACGGCGUGAAGUUGACGAACGAGCCUCCCAAAGGACUGCGCGCGAAUAUCAUGCGAUCUUUUCUGCAGGAUCCAAUAUGCGAUCGCGAGUUCUUCGACACGUCGUCGCAGAGGGGGACCUUCAAGAAGCUGCUCUUCUCCCUCUGCUUCUUUCACGCCAUCGUGCAGGAGCGCCGGAAAUUCGGGCCGAUCGGCUGGAACAAUCAGUACGAAUUCAACGAGACGGAUUUGCGUAUCAGCGCGCAGCAGCUCAAGAUAUUCCUCGACCAGUACGACGACGUGCAGUACACCGCGCUCAAGUAUCUGACGGGUGAAUGCAACUACGGCGGUCGCGUAACCGACGAGUGGGACCGACGGGCCCUGAACACCAUUUUGGAGCGAUUCUACCGCCGGGAGGUCGUGGUCCACGAGAAAUAUCUGUUCGACCCCAGCGGUCUGUAUUACGUACCGACGGUUAGCGAGUAUAGUCUAUUCCUGGACUACGUGAAGGAAUUGCCGAUGUCUACCGCGCCCAGCGUCUUCGGUAUGCACGAGAAUGCCGACAUUAUCAAGGAUCAGCAGGAGUCCUACUUGAUGCUGUCCUCCAUUCUGGUCACACAGAACGUCGAGGAGAUACAACUGAGAAAAUCGAGGAAGCAGGAUGUCGGCCGAGUCGACGUGGACCCCGGCGUGAAGUCCCCGGAGGAGGUCGUCUACGACGUCGCGUCCGACGUCCUGUCGAAGUUACCGCAGGAUUACGACCUGGUGGCCGCACAGGAGAGAUACCCUACGCGCUACGAGCAAAGCAUGAACACCGUGCUGGUGCAAGAGAUGGGCAGGUUCAAUAAGCUUCUGCAAACGAUCAGGGACAGCCUCGUGAACCUGCAGAAGGCGAUCCGAGGUCUGGUAAUUAUGAAUCCUGAUCUCGAGGAGGUCUACUCGUCAAUUAUCACCGGCAAGAUACCCAAAAUGUGGAUGCGCAACUCUUACCCUUCCCUGAAGUCGCUCGGCAGCUAUAUACAGGACUUCCUGAAGAGGCUGAAUUUCCUGCAGACUUGGUACGAGGACGGUUCUCCCACGUCCUUCUGGAUCUCCGGCUUUUACUUCACCCAGGCGUUCUUGACCGGCGCCCGGCAGAAUUACGCGCGAAAAUAUUCCAUUCCCAUCGAUCUGCUGAUCUACGACUUCUUUCCCCUGAAGGACACCGUUCACGCGAGCCCGCCUGACGACGGCGUCUACGUCUACGGAUUAUUUCUCGACGGCGCUCGCUUCGAUAUGAACACAAUGAUGCUCGACGAGUCCUUCCCCAAAAUCCUCUACGACACUGUGCCCCAUCUUUGGCUGGUGCCGAUGAUGAAGGAUCAGGUGCAGGAGAGGAAAACGUACACGUGUCCUGUCUACAAGACCAGCGAGAGGAAAGGCGUCCUGUCCACCACCGGUCAUUCCACCAACUUCGUCAUCGCAAUCUGGCUGCCGACGGCGCACUCGCCGGGGCACUGGAUCCAGCGGGGGACCGCCAUGCUCUGCCAAUUGUCGGAAUGA